CACCGCGCCGCCGAGGAGGUGCGCGCCGACUUCCAGCGCAGGGUGCCCUACAGCUACCUGCAGCGCGCCUACAUCCAGCAGUUCUACAGCCUUCAAACAUAAGGUCCUGUCCUGAAGUGGACUGCUGCCUUGGAGAAAGCUGAACAAGCUGGAGGAGGCAGCAGAUGCAGCUCACACUUUUUUCAUGGCAAACCCUGAGCACAUGGAAAUACAACAGGAUAUUGAGAAUUACAAAACCACGGCAGGGAAGGUCAACCUGAUUGACCGGGAGGCCAAACCACACAUGGAGGACUACAGUGCCGGGGUAAGGCACUACGAUAAGGAAGAGUACGAGCUGGCCAUUGAGUUCUUUGAGCGUGCAUUAAAAGCGUACUACUCUGAGGAUGAAGAGUGCCAGAUCAUGUGCGAAGGGCCUCAGAGAUUUGAGGAGCAUGAAUACCUGGAAUAUAAGGCUGGCCUCUAUGAAGCUAUUGCAGAUCACUACAUGCAAGUCCUGGUGUGCAAACACGACUGUGUCCGAGAACUCGCCACACGUUCGGGACGUAUCUCACCCAUCGAAAAUUUCCUUCCACUCCAUUAUGACUACUUACAGUUUGCCUAUUACAGAGUUGGUGAUUAUGUAAAAGCUCUGGAGUGUGCCAAGUCCUACCUCCUCUUCCACCCAGAUGAUGAAGAUGUAUUAGAGAACGCAGGCUAUUACGAGGGCCUUUUGGAAGAUACUCUGGAUCCAGACACCAUCAAGCCCAGAAAGGAAGCUAAAAUGCUGCUGAGGCGCCAUAAGCUGGAAUCUCACCUCUUGCAGAUGGCUGCAGCCAGCCUUGGAUUUGUCUACACAGAGCCGAACUACUGGAACAGGUACGGAGCCCGUCAGGAUGAGCACAGUGUGCCAUCAAGUAUUAGCAGUGAACCAGAGGACGGGCCUAGGCUGUCCCUGGGAAAGAAGCCUGUGUCAAAAACAGAUCGAGAGUUGAAGGAGGGGGGUCCUCUUCUCUACAGCGACGUGAAGUUUGUCUACAACUCCCAACAGCUGAACGGCACCCAGCGAGUGCUGCUGGAUAACGUCAUCUCAGAGGAGCAGUGCCGAGAGCUUCACAGAGUGGCCAGUGGGAUCAUGUUGGCUGGAGAUGGUUACAGGGGCAAAACCUCACCCCAUACGCCAAAUGAGAGAUUUGAAGGAGCCACUGUCCUCAAAGCCCUCAAGUAUGGCUAUGAGGGUCGUGUCCCGCUGAAGAGCGCCCGUCUCUUCUACGACAUCAGCGAGAAGGCUCGCAGGAUCGUUGAGUCCUACUUCAUGCUGAACUCCACGCUGUACUUCUCCUACACGCACUUGGUGUGCCGCACAGCCCUGUCUGGCCAGCAGGAGAAGAGGAAUGACCUGAGCCACCCUAUCCACGCUGACAACUGCCUCUUGGACCCCGAGGCCAAUGAGUGCUGGAAGGAGCCUCCUGCCUACACCUUCCGGGAUUACAGUGCCCUUCUGUACAUGAAUGCGGAUUUCGAAGGAGGCGAGUUCAUUUUCACUGAGAUGGAUGCCAAAACUGUAACCGCCUCUAUCAAGCCCAAGUGCGGGCGAAUGAUCAGCUUCUCGUCAGGCGGUGAGAACCCCCACGGGGUGAAAGCAGUUACCAAAGGCCAGAGGUGCGCUGUGGCUCUCUGGUUUACCUUGGACCCGCUUUACAGAGAACUGGAGCGAAUCCAGGCAGAUGAAGUGAUUGCGAUGUUGGACCAGGAGCACCUAGGGCCCAAUGAAAUGAACAUCAACCCAAAGGAUGAACUAUGAACUAGGCCAAAGACUUUUUCUAUUAAAUAUUUAUUUAAUAUUGUUAAUCUUAUUAGAACCCUUCUAUUUUUGUACAGAGUUGCUGUAUAAAUUAACAGGUUAAUAUGAUUGUGGAGAUUCAGAAGCGCCUCUUCUGUGUUUAGCACAGCUCUUGCUGGGAUCCCUUAUUCGUGUGCCAGCAUCUCCUACUGGGACUGACUUUUCCUCUUGAAUUCCCUCUCCUUCCCUAGCGCUUCUCAGGACUCAUUCAAACCCACCGCACCUACUUGGAGGACCCCUUUUUCUCUUCCUCAGGCAGAAGUAGCUGCUUCUCUUCAGGCCUUGCUGGGAGAAACGUCUUUGGUGUGACGAUGGAGCAUUAACAGCCUCGCUCUUCCUAUCCCUGCUGAGCGCUGGCCUAAGACCCAGGCAGUGCUGUCCUGAGGGAAACUGCUGCCCCUUUCCUCUUGAAGCACACAUCUACUAUGGCUGCUCUUUCCAUGCUGUCUUCCCUCUCAAAUCGCUCUACCAUUUGGAGCAUGCUCAUUAAGGAGAACACAAAGCAAAAUCCCACUCCUGAGAAAAUGCGUAUCUCUCUGUAGUCAUGCAAGACUGGGGUUUGGGCAUUAAUUCAGAGCUGAGCUUCCAGAAACCACCUGCUGACCUAGACAUGGACUGUGCACAGGCGUGAAGGGCCUUAGUUUGCAACUGCAGCCAGUGAAAUAGGGCCUGUCACUCACGUUCAGUCCCUUCUUUUGUUACUGCUUCCUGCCUCAUCUUUUGAGCUUCCAGCUGAUUGCUGCCACUGGUUAAACCCGAGGUUAAAAGUCAUAGUUUCCAGGUCCAUGUUCAAAAGCAUCUGAAGGUCUCAGUGAUGUUACAGUGCCACAGUGCUGGAUGAUCGUGUUUCAGCUUUGUACUCUCGAUGUACGUACUGGCUGCAUCCUCCCAUGUCAACAGUG